UUUAAAAAAAUUUUUAUUUAAAAAAAAUAAAUGGCAACAAUUUUUCAUCUUGGUUUCUCAAAAGACCUUUCCUUAAUAUUAGAUGAUGCAGAUGAUUACAAUGUCAUUAUUCAAGUUGGUGAAAACCAAAAUAUAAAAGAAUUUCGUGCACAUUCAGUAAUUUUACGUGCUCGCUCUCCUUAUUUCAAAAGUGCUCUUUCUAAAAAUUGGAUUACAAAGAAGGAUAAUAUGAUUAUAUUUAAUAAAUCAAAUAUUACUCCAACUGUUUUUUAUAUGAUUUUGAAAUAUAUUUACACUGGUGAACUUGAUUUAACUAAACAAUCAGGUGAAAAUAUUCUUGGUUUGCUAAUUGCAUCUGAUGAAUUACUUCUUGAAGAAUUAUUUAGACAUGUUCGAGAUUAUUUAAUCGAAAAACAAACCAAAUGGGUUCAUGAAAAUUUUGUUCUUGUUCUUAAUGUUGUGUUUAGACUUAAUAAUUGCAAGAAAUUACAAGAUUAUUGUCUUGAAUCUAUCUGCGAAAAUCCUCUACCAUUUUUUUCAUCAAAAAUCUUUUCUUCAAUAAAUAAGGAAAUACUUUUUGACUUGCUUGAAAGAGAUGACUUACAAAUUAAAGAAGUUAUCAUUUGGGAUUAUUUAAUUAAAUGGGGUGUUGAACAAACUUCUGGUCUUGGGAAUGAGAGUAGUAAUAGAGCGAAAUGGAAUAAUAAGGAUUAUAAAAAAUUAAAGAAAACUUUAAAUCAAUUUAUUCCUCUAAUUCGAUUUACGGAGAUUUCUCGUGCAGAUUUUUUUGACAAAGUCUGUCCUUAUAGAACUAUUAUUCCUAAUCAUAUUUAUGAAGAAAUCGAAGAAUGUUAUUGUAAAGAUGCCUUACCUAAAACCGCAAUUUUACCACCUAGAACUGGUUAUCCAUUUGAAAUCAUCAAACCAAUACUUGCAAAAAUAAUCGUUAAUUGGAUUGAUAAAAAGGAUACCAUGUAUAUUCGUACUAGAAAUGAUCAAUCAUAUAGGUUUAAACUUAUUUAUCGUGGUAGUCGUGAUGGAAUUAGUAGUGAGUCAUUUAGAAAAAAAUGUAAUGGACGAGUAGAAAGCUUAGUUUUAAUUAAAGUUAAAGAUACAAAUAAAGUUUUUGGUGGAUAUAGUUCUAUUGGGUUUUGUUCAUUAGGAAAUGAUUUUACUACUGAUGGUAGUAAUCAUCAUCGAUUUUACAACUCAUCUGAUAAUUUUAUUUUCUCAUUUGAAGAUAGUGAAGAUACUCGACAUAUGAAAAUAAGUCGGGUAGUAGACAAAUCUCAAGCCAUAUUGGAUAGUGAUUAUAAUGGAUUUAAUUUUGGUUGGGGUUCAUUAACUAUGGGCAAUGUAAGUUUACAUGCUAAUAAUUAUAGCAAUAAUUAUGAAAAUAAUUUAAAGACUGAUACAGUUUAUACUAUUGAAGAAAUUGAAAGCUUUAACAUAUCUUAUCAAUAAUUUAUUAUUAACAAAUAAAUUAUAAAUUAUGAGGGUAAAAAUAUUGGUCACCCCUUAAGAGUGACUGAUAUGUUACCUUCCAUCAAUAACUGUAUUAUUAUGCAUGUAUAUAAAUAAGCAUUUUAAUACUCGAGAACGAAUUAAGAAUUUUAUUUAACAUACUAAUUAACAUA